UCUAAAUAUUUCAAGAUGGCAGACAAGUGUAAAUAAAGCCAAAACAAUAUCGUUUUAACAAGUUUUGUCCUUCAAAGUGCGAUAUAUCUUAUAAUUUAUUUUUUGCAUGGUACCAUAAAUUCGACAGUCCGAAAUGUCGAAGAAGAAAGAAGACCAACCUAAAAUCCAUUUACCAAAGGAACAAUCAGUCCAGUUUAGUAGAACCAGUACAGACAUGGUCAGUUAUGAAGAUCUAUUAAUUGCUCAGUAUCUUGAGGAACUCAGAAAAACUAAAGGAGAAAUGAGAAAAAAGAAAGAUGUUCCAAGAUCACCUUAUGCUCAGCGUGUAUCUUCAGCGACAGAAUAUAAAUAUAGCAAGAGACGACCCAUGUCAGCAACAUAUCCAGCCAGACCACCUUCUGGUAACAAACCAAAAAUAGAUGCUAAAUUUAUUGCAGACCCUAAUCUAUGGGACCCGGCUACUCCUAGGGAGAGAAUGACGAUAACAACAGCGACAACAACUGCCACCAGUCAACAAAUUAAAAAUCGUCCAGCAAGUGCUCCAGCUAAAAAUAAAGGGAUAAGCAGCAGACCAAUAUCAGCCACAUCUAAUUUAUCCUGGUUUUAUGGCAGAUCAACACGACCAUGGUCAGGUAGAUCAUUUGGUUCAGCCUUCUCUGGACGUAAAAUCAAAUCUCAGUACAAAAAACAGCCACUAACCAUUAGAGUGGUCGCAUAUAAAAAUGGAAGUAGAGAAAGAUUUGCCAAAAUUGCAGCUCCAACCAUGAAAAUUUUUCUGGAAUGCUGCACAGAUAGGUUGGGCCUACCAUUUGCAGCUAGAAGAGUAUUUUUAGAAGGAGGUGUUGAAAUAUUUGAUGCAGAGGAUAUUCCCAUCGAUGGAGAAGUUUUUGUUUCCUGUGGAGAAAAUUACAAAGACCCAUUGGCCAGUGUUAAACGUAAUAUUUUGAUCAGUGAAGGAGCAAAAUGGACAUUGUCUGGAUUACUUCUCCCUGAUGAGGGACGAGUCAGAACUAGAAAAGCCAAGAUGUCAAAAAGAAUGAAAAAACUUAUUGAAAAUAACCGAGUAAGGAUAGUUGUGUACAAGAAUGGUAUUGCCACAGAACCAAUAGAAUGUGUUGCUGAUCAAAACAAUAUGGAAGAUUUUUUGUGUGCAUGUACAGCCAAGUUGAAUUUGACAUCAUAUGCCAAAAUUCUGUAUGACUGGGAAGGGAAUGUGAUAUCAGAUCUCAAUGAUGCUCCAAUUUUAGACGACUGUUUCCAACCAGGUAGUACCCCUAUUAGGGGCCCACUAUGGGUAUCUAUUGGAGAAGCAUUUAAUGCUAUAGCAGCUUACAGUUACAUCAGAACCAUGAGAUCUGUGGUCAUAAGUAGGAUGGAUGAUGCUGAAAAAUAUAAAGGGGAGUUACAAUGUGCAUUGGAUGGAAACAAAGAUAAGAUCACAAUGACUGUUAUUCUGUCCAUGAAAAAAGAAGAAAUAGAAGCACAUAUAGAGAAGGCUGAGGCUGAAAUAGAAAAUUUAAAUGAAACAAAGCAAGAUUUACAAGCAAAGUUAGAAAAUAUACAACAACUACAACAAAGAGAAAAGAAUGAAGGAUCAAACUUUACCAUGGGACAUAUCAAGGAGUUCAAAUUUGAUCAUCGUCUGGUUGGUAGAAAAGGACUAAGGUUAAAGGUUUACGAGAAUGGAAUUGUUGAAGGGGGUAUGGAUUUCUACUUUAAUUUGUCUGGUGCUAUGAAAGGUAUAGAGGGUGGACAUGAUGCCAAACAGAAAAUUCUACAGAGGCUUUUAGAUGAUUUGUCAUCCAACAGACUGCUAGCUAACCCUGUCAGACCAAAGAUUCUUCCUGUAGCCUCAAAUAUAUAUGAUCAGUAUGGGAAUGAUAUCAAAGAUGUUUUUACCUUGGAAUAUGAUCAGGAAAUAUGGGUGUCUUUUGGAGAACCAUUUAUAAAUCCUUUCACUUGGAUGCUACAGAUACAGUUUGAUGAAGCUGAGUGUUAUGAUAUGGGAGACAAAACUUUGUGUAUCAGAAAACAAUUAAUGACAGAUUCAAUACAUGAAUAUAGCGAUUAUAAUUUACAAAAUGAAUGGGAUGUUCACAUAGGCUUCCCUCCAACAUAUCCUGCCAAGUCUAAUGAAUAUGAGAAAGCUAGAGCUGUUGAUUUGGCAAGUUCAUCAGAAGUGGAUUCAAGAUCUCAUUACCUACAGUCUAAGAAAAAGGAAGACUUUGCAUUGUACCCAGAGCUUGUUGUUAAUCAUAAACUGAAAAAGGGACAAAAAGAUUUCUGGCCUAUGGAAACUCAGUCAUGGAUUAUAUCAAAGAAAGGAACCAUAUAUGCUAAAUGCUGUCCACAACUUUGCCUAACAGUGUCAGACACAAGAGUAGAUGUACCAUGGUCAGGAAAGAACUCUCCACUGAAUGGAUUUGUGGUCACGGUACAAAAGAAGAUGUCUGCCAACACUUACCAACAGUGGAGGUUUAAUCCAAAUGGAACCUUAACUUGUAUGGCCUAUGAGAAUCUAUUGCUGACUUAUUUACAACACAAGUUUGGUGAUGAGGAAGGAUAUAUGGCCCCUGAUGGAGUUAAACCUGGACAAAGGAUCUAUCUUGUUCUGGCUGAUCCAUUGCAGAAAAAGGAAAAACUUUAUCAGAGAUUUGCCUUGAAACAAGAAAGAUUUGAGAAUCUUGGACAAUGGAAAUAUUCUGAUGCCACCAAUCCAGAAUUCAAUAAAUUGGCCUACUCAUGGCCUUGUAGAAGAGAUGGAACACUCAAUGAGGAUUAUGAUUGGCCAAUGGAAGCCUUCAUUGUCCCUAAUGCACCUCCAGUUCAUAAACCAAGAAAAGAACAACAAUCAGGAAUGCCUCUUAGGUUAAUGGCUAUAAAGAAUGGAGAGAGAGACUACAGGUUUAUGUCACCUGUUGUCGGCCCAGAUCUUACUAAUAUGAUGAAAGACUUGCAUAAAGAAAAGGAUAAGAGUAAAACUAAAUCUAAGAUUACACAGGAGAAGGAUGUGCCAGUAUCUAACUCGGAUAUUGUAGAGAAUGAUAUACAUAUACACUGUGAAAACAUGACAGUCAGACAACUGGAAUUUACCAUGUUCCUUGACCACAGUACCAGUGUAUUAAAUCUGCCAUUUGCUGCAAGACGUUUAUUUGACAACAAAGGAAAUGAACAUUUUAGCUUAGUCAAUUUAAAACGGGACGAUUUAGUGUACAUUUCAUGUGGUGAAUCAUGGAUUGAUCCAAAAUUGUCCAAAGAAGAACAACAAAAGAGAUUCUUAUUGUCACAGCUAUCACAAGAUGUGGCUAAAAUCAGACAGUACUGUGCUCUUAGGAAUCCUGAGAAAUAUGUAUUGGAGAUUGAGGGAAACUUAGUACCAACCACAAGGAUCAUAGUGAACCGACAGUGGAGCAAAGAUGAAGAGGAAAAAGAAAUAUUGGUUACCACGGAUACACAGAGUGUAAAAUCUUCUAAACAGUUAUCUAGUAAAGGAUUUGAGGAAGAGGAGGAAGAUCUCACUGCCCAUGACAGAGCCCAUCGCUUAGCAGAUCAAAGAUUAAAUAAUUUGAAAUGGCCAUGGGAAAGAUUGGUGAACACUGGCAACGAUGACGAUGAUGAUGAUCCUGAAGCUCACAAAUAUACAGAUAAAGAGAUGUAUGAGAGAUAUAAAUUUGGCGAUCAGUCAGAGAGAAUCUAUUCAUUUUGUAAUCAUAAGCCUGCAUCAGUACCCAAAAUAUCUCGUGACACACUUCAGCGAUUUAAAUUUGAAGAUGGUUACAUUUCAUGUGCAGCAAACCGUGAACUUGUAUUGGGUCUCAUGGAGCAAGAAGGACGUGUCAGACAGGUUUUGUUAGUGAAACGUAAACCAGAUGACAUUAACCAAAGAUGGGUCAUGAAAGAAAAUGGUGAGAUAAGAUCAAAACACAGCAACCAGACUUGCUUGACUGUCUCCAUGCCAAAUAAUGAGCCAUUUUCUGAAGAUGAAGAAGGUCGUCCUUUGACCUUCUCUGGAUGCCCUGUGACCUUACAGGCUCGUAAAACCAAUAAAUAUGGAAAGGCCCAUCAGAGAUGGCAUUACGAUGCAGAGACUGGGUUUAUACAUUCCUUUUAUGCUGAUCCUUAUGAUAAAGAAAUAACAGCUGCCAACAAAGCUGAUGUGUGUACUUUCUCUAUAGCUGGACAGGAUAACAUAGAUCAACCAGGUUAUGUUGCUGAGAUCCCGUUGUCGACAGGAGAUAAACAGUGCAGAGAAUAUCUUGUUUGUACAUCAUGUGCUAGAGCCAUGAGGGGCAGAUACAAAAUAAACAAACUUCAAAAUAAUGUCCAGUUCUCAUGUUCAAUGGGUGAAGCUAAGAAACUAAAACUACAGCAAAUAGGAAGUUUUAAAGUCUUGAAUGGAAAAGUUGAUCUGUCCACACAUGAGGCUUUACUAUCUCUACAAGACUGGGAACAUAAGCUCCGUACUCUACGUGACGAAACCAAUGUACGCACAAUAGCCAAGGAAAUAUCUGCAGCCAAAUCGGUCAAAACUGUUAAAAUUCUUGCCUACAAAAAUGGUGAGGGACGAUUACGACCAGGAGAACUUAUUUGUGGAUCCACCAUAGAGGGCAUUUUGGACCAGUGUACAUACAGACUAGGACUUAAUAGUGCUGCACGUAGGAUAUAUACAGAGGACGGUACAAUGGUCAUGGAGAUCGAGGACCUGAUAGACUGGGCCGUAGAUAAUUAUAAAACAUUGAUGGCAGAAUACCUACAAGGAAAAGAUGCCAAAGUUGACGACCUUGAACUUGAGCAUGAACCAGAGAAACAGGAACAGGAAACAGAAAAAUUGGAUGAACAGGGUAAAAAUUUACGAGAACGGGGUGAAGGUGAAGGUCAGGACAGUCAAGAGGAAGUACAACAGGAUAAAGAUUCUGCAGAGGUGGACCAACAAGAGGCUAAUAAGUUAGCUAAAGAAAGGGAGAUGGUUCUGAGUCAGAUACAGAUUCCAGGAACAGACACCAUCCUUAGAUAUCCUAUAGAAGUAUGGAUCUCCAGUGGAAAGGACUUUGUUGCUCCGGAAAUAGUGGAAUCCAAAAUUGAAAACAGGAGAAAGAAGCGAGUCUUCAGAUCAGCUGUAUCACUGGAGCUUGACAUUGAAAAACAUAUUCUAAGACAAAUGAAAGCAAGAAGAUACGAAGAAAUGGAUCCUGGAGAAUUGAAGCCUACCAGAAGUUCUAGACAGCCUGUUGUUAUAGAGGGGAAUUGGCAGGAACCGUCUGUAGAGGAGCAACUCAAACAUGAUACUGUUCAUAAGUUAGAGACCCAUCUUGCUGAGGUGAAAAAGAAUCAAAAAGAACCAACGAAGACUAUAGGUACUUCAGGACGUUUAUAUAAACAGCCUGACACAAAAAGAGUUAUGGUCUAUCCAAAUGGAGAGAGUUUAGAAAGAGCUGUGUACGUAUGGGGCAAUACUUUGGAAGAAAUCCUAGAUAACUCCACAGCUAAACUUGGAAUGUGGCAGAAGGCUAGAUUGAUAUAUACAAUGGAAGGCAAGCUGGUAACAAAGUUCCAGGAUAUAAACAAAGAUGAACUGUUAUGUGUUUCUGGGGGUAAACCAUUCACUAAACCACAGGGAUACAGGGAUGUGAUAGAGAUCAAAGCUAAUUGGACCAGAGCAAGGAAAGAAUACGGACCAUCUGCUACAGAUUUUACUGUAGACGCUCCUGUUAAUCCUAAAGUCAAUGUUGACCCGUUUGGACCCCCAGCUUUGACAAUGCCACCAGAAGAGACAGCUAAAUGAUGCAAUAAUUGUUAGAAGUUAGGAACUGCCAAUUAAUAAUAAUGCUUGUAUUUAAACAAUAUUUUCUAUGUAGUGUUUGUCCUUUUAUAAGAAAUGCAAUUUUGCUAAAGAGAAUCUCAAGAGUUUUUAAUCUUUUGUGCUUUCUUGAUUUGACAUUUAUAUGUUGAUAGAAAUUCAGAUUUUAUUGAACAAGGUAACUUCUCCAUCUGGUAAGGUUCACUGAAGAUAACGCGUUUUUGUUAUGCUUUGUUGCAGAAAGUGCAGAAAAUAAAUGUAUUACAUUGACCCCUCUCAAAAAACUGCUUCCUCAAAGAAGGAAGUAUGAUCUUAUUACAAGGGUAGAUUUAGGUUGUAGUGAUUGAAUUAGAAACGAAGUUAAUACUGCUUUUAUGCUUAAUUUAAGAGGGAAGCUUUUUAGAAAAGGACUAUACCAGAGGGACUUGUUUUUAGACAUGAAAACUGUUCAUGCAUGACUGAGUGUAUUAGUGAAUGAUAAUAUUCAGAUGUAGAUAUCUUAUAGUUUUGACUGAUGAUCAUUUAUUAUAUUUUAAAAUUUGUGUAAAUGGACUUGUCAAUAUAAAUCAUGUUGAAAAAAAAAAACAGUUGAGAAAAGAUUGUUGACACUACAGCUAAAAAUGUAUUUUGUCAUUUUUACCUGGCCACUGUGGUCAGUCGACUCUUGACCACUCAAAUUUAAUUUCAAAGUUUUUUCCGCUGUAAUAAUUUUAUGUUAAAUUUCUAUGAUGAAAGAGAAGAAAUUACAUGUGUACUCCAUAAGGUUGUCACAUGGGACCACCUAGCUAGAAGUUUGCCCACUUUGUGUAAAAUCCCAUGGUGGACAGGUAGAAAUGACUAAAGUCCUCUAGAGCUUUAGUGCAUGUACAAUAAUUGUAAUGAUAUUGCCUGUGAUAUUUAUUGUAAAAAUUUGGACCAUUGUACAGUUAAAGCCAUUCAAAAUGAAUCUUGUUUCUAAAGUACUGACUUGCUUAGAUGGGAUUUUGAUUCAGAUUGUAUACCAGCUGCCACCAAAGCUAAGUUACAAACCAAAAUGGUAGAUAACAAAUAGCCUCAAGGGAGACAAAUCAAGUGGCAUAAAUUGUUAUGUAUUAUAUACACUGGUGGAUCCAGGGGGCUUGAUACGUUGGAACCCCCCCCCCCCCUUUUUACCUUUUUUUUCAAAACAUUUUCAUGUUUCAUUAUGUUACAGGGGUUGCAACCCCCCUUUUCAAAAUGGCUGGAUAUGCGCCUGAUAUAAGGAAAUGAAAAAACGCCCCCCUGUAGCUUUUCAGUUAUAAGCAAAGAUGUAUGCUUAGCAGAAAACCAUUUCCUCAUUGCUUUAAUAUGGAAGAUAAAUUGGCAAUUGCUGCAUAAAUCUUUUCCUUUUGUUUUUAUCCCUUCCAGCAGCAAAGAUGGGGAUGUCCAUAACAUUUGUCUGCUUAGUCAUUGAAUUUUUUGUGUGUUGAAAUCCCGAUCUAAACCAAUACAAAUUAUAAAGGAAUAAACUUUGUCAGUUUUCGCAUCAUGUUGUGUAAUUAAGUUCCACACUUGAAUUAAAUAACCUUGACCAUUAUUUGGUACAUGAAUGUCAUUGGUUAAGUUUCAUAAUUACAUGUCUAGAUCUAUACAACUAGAAAUCGUUAGGUUUCAAUUAAGACAAGUAAGAGAAAGAAGGAAGAAAAAAUAUGAUAAACUAAAAUUUGUUAGAAACAAAAGAUUUGUUUUGAAUGGUUGUAUUGUAUUGUCUGUGAUAAUUGUUGCUCAAUUUUACAUGUUUGUGAAAUCUAUUCUCAUUUAUUUUGUAAAAUUUUCAAUAUUUUAUGAUGUUUUUAUGUCCUGGAUAUUUGGUAUAUUACUGUUCUAUCCAACGAAUACCUUUUUUUUUUUUUGUUGGAUGAAGCCAUUUGUACAUUGAAUUUACAAGUACAAAUAUUUGUAACUUUGUGGUUAUAUUUUGCUAAUUUUUGGUUUUUUUGUGUUGUUUUUUUGGGUGGGUGGGGGUGGGGGGUAAAAUUACACAUGAAAAGUAAAUCCAAAUAAGUCAAUAUUCUAAUCUUUCUUUGUGUAAAAUCUUGUCUUAAGAUUAGAGACUAAGAAAUUUUCUUGCCUCUAACUUUUUAUAAUUUUUGUUCAAAAUAGGAAGGUAUGACUGUUCAACUCUUUUGCCUCUGUUAGAAUGUUAAUCUAAUAUAGAACAGACUAAUUUUUUAACUUUUUUUCAAUUUUACUUUUUGUUUGAAGGCUAAUUUAGUUGAGUUAUUUUGUAUGAGUUUCAAACAUUGCUAGAUAUGACAUGAGAGGCCAGAUAUACAGGAUCAAAAGAUGGAUGCUUAUUUUUAUUAAAAUUGAUUUACUUUUUAUCAUUUUGUAUAUAUAUAUUUGUAUUGUCUUUUGUAGUAAAUAUGUACUUAUUUAAAACUUUAUAUUUGGAUAUAGGGUAGAUUUACAAUAAUAUAACUAGAAAAGGACUUUUGCUUUAAUACUUUUUAUUUGGGGAUUACAGUUUUCACAGCUUGCAGAUAAUGGUUUGGCCUGAUAUUUCAAAUUUACACGAGGGGAUAUUAUUGCUUUAUAAUGCAAUGGUAUCUUUAUUGCAAAAUUAGUUAGCGAAGAAGAAAAAAAUCUGGUUUGAUAAUAUUUUAAUGACUUACUUCUUGAAUCCUUGAGUUCAACACCUUAUACUGAAAAAAAAUUAUCAAUUUGUAGCAGUAACAAUUAUUGAAAUAGUUAAUAUAAAUUUGGAAUUGAUUGAAAACUACUAUAACUACAUCCGUAGCCAUUGGGUUUUGUCUAAACCCCCCUCCCCUGAAAACAAAAAAUACUAUUAAAGUCAAGUUUCAUAUGUAAGUUUAACUAUUGAAGUCAGAGCGUCAUGACCCUAAACAACCCCCUCAGAUACAUCAUGACUACUAGCCUGAUAGUGUUAACGUUUAGAUUUUAUUUUUGGCAUAUUAUUUCCCCCUAAUCAUAAAGACUUAAAUAAAGAUUUAAAAAGGUGCAGAGAGUUGAUAUAGGAUGUUUUGUUUUGUUCGUAAUUGGUUUUGUAUUUAUUCUAACAAAUAUAUUACUGUAUGUUGGGAAAUAUUGAUACCCCCACUCAAAAGAAAAGGGUAUACUGGUUAAGAUCUGUCUGAUUUCCCUGAACAGCUACAAGUUAAAGAUUCUUGAUAUUUGGCCCCAAGCUUUAAAUUUAUAGUUAUGACACAUUUUCAGUUCCUUUGAUGUAUUUGUUUGCUGAAAACUAGGGUCAGCAACAUUGAGUUGGGGCAUGAUUAGUGAGCAAUAGCUUGUAGUAUAUCUUGUUUCCUCUAUGUUAAUUUAAAGGCAUCUAAUUAAAUUUGUAGAUUAACAGUGCCUUAUUUUAAAGGAGUUGCCAACAUCAAAUCCAAAAUUGACUGUGCCAACUCUUUGUAUACAGUACUUUUAUUCCUAUUCUAAUGCAAUGCUCAUAAUUUUUUUAUAUGAAAAAUUUGAAAUACCACAGAAACUGUGAUUGUGCAGUGAUAUUGCAAAUAAACUGACUGUCAACUGUUGAAUUGAGGGCAGACUCCAUCCAAUCAAAAGUGGUGUUACAUUUAUUACUUCAUAUUACAUAAGAAUCUCUGUUGUUGUUCAGUUUGUUGAUGAGAUAUAACAGAUAAAAAAACUGGCCAAUAUUUCCAACUGUACAGUAAACUGGCCAAUAUUUCCCUCUGGAUAGUAAACUGGCCGAUAUUUCCAUCUGUACAGUAAACCAGCCAUUAUUUCCCACUGUACAGUAAACUGGCCAAUAUUUCCAUCUGUACAGUAAACUGGCCAAAAUUUCCAACUGUACAGUAAACUGCAUGGUCAAUAUUUCCCACUACAGUUAAAUGGCCAAUAUUUCCCACUGUACAGUAAAUGUGUAUGUCUUUUUCACUUUCAUUUGUUUUAACAUCAGUUUUGUAUUUUUAUAUGGAUCUUUAUUGUUGUAAUAUUUAUAGUUUAUCUGUCGGUGUGUAUUUAAUUUCAUUUCAGGAGAGGGUUAUGAGCUUUUCAAUCCUCAAAGUGGGCGAUCUCCUUCUUUGACAGAAAUUUCCUUCACUAAAAUUUGCCACAUGCAACAUUUUUAUAUUUUGUAUUUCACAUUGUUUUUCAUAAAUGCUUAAUCAUACUGUUUGUGCUUCAAUUCCUAAGGUUAAGAAACAAAAAUUAGAAUCAAAAUGCAUUUGAAUCAAAUUAUGAGCUAAUUAAGUAAAAUAGCAUGUCAAUUAACUAUGACAUUCAAAAUUAUGUAAACUAAUAUUUCACAACAAACUGCUACUUUAUAAUGGAAAAGAGUGAAAGAGGAGGAAAGUAUUUUUUUUUUAAAUUUUAAUACAGGAUGAUUUUAUCUCCUGUCAGUUUGGAAGAAAUAUAGUGAGGCUUUCAUUAAUAACCAAUUAUUACAGAAAACAGUGCCAAUCUCCUUCAUGAAUUUAUUUAUACUACAUAUCACAUUUUUUUUUCUUCAAAUAAACUAUUUCACUGUGCAUGGAAGGCUGGUGUUAUCGAAAUCAUAAAGGAAUGAUGCUACAAUUAUAGAUUUGAAUUGAAGAUGAAAAUAUAUUUUUCCUUUAUUUAUACUGUGGAUUCAUUUAUUUUCAUGGGUAUCAAUUUUCGUGGAUUGAGGAAAACUAACAUUUUCGUGGGUAUUUGAAUUCGUGGGUUUGCCAAUCUCUGCAUACAAAGCCUAUAGAAAAUUUGUAAUUCGUUGAACAUUUGAAUUCGUGGUUCACCUGUAGCCACGAAACCCACGAAAAUUGGUAUCCCACGAAUAAUAAUGAAUCCACAGUAGUUACAAAUUUAAGAGAAAGCUUUAUUGGAAUUAUUUUCUUACUUUUAUCCACUUGUUUUACUAUCACUCUAAUAGGUUCACAGGGUUAGAUUUGGGUUUUAAAAAUAAAUAUUAGAAAAUUAAUAAAAUACACUACAGCUUGGGUGGAUUAAGUCAUUUCUACUUGCCCUAAGUAGGCAUUCUAUAUAUACCUGCUUGCCCAAAUUUUUCAAAAAAUAAUCAACACAAAAACUGAACUUAUUUUUCCAAGGGAAAAUAUAUGUUUAAUCCUAAUGAUGAUUUAAUAGAAUAGGAUGGAAAAGAAAAAAUAUACUGUUUUAAUUCAUGACACGAAAUCAUAAUGCGCACAUGCGAAAAAGUAAAAACGAAUAGGAACAUUUCUUUUAUUGCUGUUUUUAUUUCUAUGGUAUGUCCACUCAAUAGAGUUGGUGUAGGAGACCAUCUGUAAAUGUGUGACAACUCCCACCAAAUAUAACUGGAAAUGACAAAAUCUACCAGAGCUGUAUAGGGUAGUCUCAUAUACAUAACCAAACUCUCCUUUUCUUCAAAUCAUCAAUAUAUAUAUUACUUAAUUAUUUUGUGAGGUUUAAGCCAAUAUAUCAUUUAAAUCAUACAAUUUUUUUUUAAAGUCAGUGCAUUUGCAAGCUAUUUAGCUUUGUUAGAAAUUUUACAAAUGUUGAAGUUUUCUUAAUUGUAUAGGAGCUUAGCUCUGUCAAAAGAGGAAUAGAAAUAAAAAUAUAAAAGAAA